UCAGCAAACCACCAUGUUCUCUUUCCAACUUCCUGCUUCUCCUCUCUCUCUCUCUCUCUCUCAAAUAAGCGCACUCACCUAUGCACUCCUGUGUUACUUCUCCCUUCCUCAGCAAUCACUAGGGUUUGCUUUUUCUGAGUUUUUCGGCUAUCACUCCCCGCAAAGAUUCAGUCUUUUAUUGUUUCCUUGAGCAAAUUCAAAACUGUCUGUAUUGUUGCUUGAGUACGCAUAUGAGUAGUUUAGGGAAUUUUAUUGGAUUGCUUAGAUGAAGCAAUAAUGGUAGUUUGAAUAUUGAAUUCUAGAUAUUAUAUUUGAUUUAGUUGGUAGAAGAAGAAUGGAUCCACGUUUUCAUAGAAUCUUUAAUGGAGUUGGGUUGGGGAAUCAAUCAAUUGCCGGAUAUGCAAAUGGGAGAAUUGGGAAUGGAGCUCGAUUUGGGAUUAGUUACCCAGAUCCGGAAUUAGUGAAUGAGCAUAGAAAUGAGGGUUCCUCAUUUCAAGAGCAUUGUGUUGGGGGUGUGCAUUUGGUCCUAGACCAGCCCUUCUCGAACAGGAACGGGGAGGGGCCCGUUUCCAGCUCGCUUGUGGAUAUUGACGAUGAUUGUGAUUUCUCUGAUGCUGUCCUGAGGUACAUUGAUCAGAUACUGAUGGAGGAGGACAUGGAGGACAAGUCGCACAUGCUUCAGGAGUCAUUGGAUUUGCAGGCGAAGGAGCGGUCCUUCUACGAGGUUCUUGGGAAGAAGUACCCACCCUCUCCUCUGCAAGAAUCAGGGGCCGUUAGUCGUGAGUGUGGAGAUGAUAGUAACCCUAAUGUUAGUUGCUUUAACUCUAAAACUAGUAGUAGUGAUGGUAGUGGAUACCUAAUUGACAUUGUUGAUCCGAGUUGGAUGAUCAAAACUCAUACAGAUCAUGAUGCCAGCAUAUCAGAUCGUGCCAAGUCAUCCAUUUGCUCAUCAUCGAAUAGCUUGAACAAUCUUUUUGUAGAUGGGUGGUUUUCUGACUCUCCGGUGAGCCCCCUUCAAGUACGUGAUAUUUACAAUGAGAGCCAGCUUGUGUGGAAUUUUAAAAGAGGGGUUGAUGAAGCUAGCAGGUUCCUUCCUGCUGGGAAAAAUUUGUUGGUAAAUGCCGGUGUGAACACCUUAGCCACUAAGGAUACGAGGGAAGGGGAGAUUGAGUCGAGGAGUAUUGCGGAGAGGCAGUUACCUUCUGGAUCACGGGGCAAGAAGAGUCGUUCUACAGUGGACGUAGAUUUGGAAGAAGAGAGAAGUAGUAAACUGCCGGCUGUUUAUGCAGAAUCGGACUCAGAUGUUCCCGUGGAUGAAUUUGAUGAUGUCUUGCUUUCAACGAUGGGGGAUCGUGGGGAGAAGUUUGCAGCUUACCGAGAAGUUCUGCAGAAUGCAUCAAGCAAGGGGAGUCAACAGAACGGGCAGACAAAACGGGCUAGUGGCGGGAGGGGCCGUGCUAAGAAACAGAACAAGAAAAAGGAAGUGAUAGACUUGAGAACCCUUUUGAUAAAUUGUGCACAAGCUGUUGCUGCUGAUGAUCGUCGGAGUGCCAGUGAAUUGCUGAAACAGAUCAGGCAGCAUGCCUCUCCUUACGGCGAAGGGAACCAGAGGCUAGCUCAUUAUUUCGCUGAUGGCCUCGAAGCACGUAUGGCUGGAACUGGUAGCCAGAUUCAUAAAGCCUUUGUUAACAAGAAAACAAGUGCAGCUGAUUACUUGAAAGCUUACUAUACUUACCUAGCAUCGUCUCCAUUCAAGAAGAUCUCAAAUUUUACCUCAAACAAGACAAUCAUGUUUACGUCGAUAAAAGCAGCACGCGUGCAUGUUAUAGAUUUUGGGAUCCUCUACGGCUUCCAGUGGCCGACCUUGAUCCAGCGGAUAGCUGAAAGAGAUGGCGGUCCUCCAAUGCUUCGGAUCACUGGCAUAGACUUCCCACAACCCGGCUUCCGACCAGCAGAGAAGAUUGAGGAGACAGGGCGUAGAUUGGCCCGUUAUGCCAAACAGUUCAAGGUGCCAUUUGAGUACAAUGCUAUAGCUAAGAAGUGGGAAAACAUCAAAAUAGAAGACCUCAAGAUUGAGAAGGGCGAAUUUUUGAUAGUAAAUAGUAUGUAUCGGGCCAAGAACUUACUCGAUGAGACGGUCCUGGCUGAGAGCUCAAGAACUAUGGUUCUUAACCUAAUUAGGAAGGUCAAUCCGGACCUUUUCAUACACGGGAUAGUCAAUGGGGCUUAUAGUGCACCGUUCUUUGUCACUCGUUUCCGGGAGGUUUUGUUCCACUUUUCAGCUCUAUUCGACAUGCUGGAAACGAAUGUACCUAGGGACCAGCCGGAGAGGAUGCUUAUUGAGAGGGACAUCUUUGGAAGCGAGGCAUUGAAUGUCAUAGCUUGUGAGGGCUGGGAGAGAGUCGAGAGGCCCGAAACAUAUAAGCAGUGGCAAGUACGUCACUUGAGGGCGGGCUUUGCGCAAGUGCCUCUCAAUCAGUGGAUCAUGGAGAGGGCAAUCUACAAGGUGAGAACACACUACCACAAAGAUUUUGUCAUUGAUGAAGAUAGUCAGUGGAUGUUGAUGGGGUGGAAAGGCCGGAUAAUCUACGCCAUAUCGUGUUGGAAGCCCGUUUAAGGGAAAGAUCAUUCUGCAGCUUGGUUCCCGACUUCUUCAAGCUCACAAGACCAACAGAGGCGUAGGUUUCGAUGAAUUUGGUUCUUCCAUUGAUGAGUAGCUGCGAAACAAAUACUUAUUGACACUAGACUUUUAAAAAAGGUAACCUCAGAUUGAUAAAGAAGCAUUCUUAACUUGUUAAUGAUGAUACGAAAUAGAUUUCAUGGACAUAAAAUCUUGUUUGUUGAUGCUAGAUCAAUCAUGUGUAAAUGGAUGACAACGAUUUGUAAGAAGAGUUAUAGUUUUGCA